CGCUGCGAUGCGGCCCGGGCGGACAGUACUGGUUGCAUUCAUGGCUCUGCUCUCCACCAUUUUCGCUGCAUUCCCCAACCCUCGUGGGACAGCGCCUGUGACGCGCCGCACCGCUGUCUUUGCCGGCUCUGUCGCGUGCGGCUGCAGCUGCUGCAGCCCCGAGCCCGCCUCGGCACUGGCUAGCCUGACCCGGCCGCCAGAGGACGACCUGCGAACGUACGACGUCCCGCGAGAUGCGCGCAGAGAUGCCGGCUUCGCGUGUGGGAUGGCCACCGGCAUGAAGGACUAUGAGCGCGCCGUCUCGGGGCGUAAGCGCGAGCUGUUUGACCGGCUCCUCACCUCGCUACCGAAGAGCGACGCCGUGGUGGUGGAGCUGGGCAUGGGCUCUUUCCCCAACGCGGAGUACCUCGCCGCAAUGCCCAGCCAAGGUGCCGCUCCGCAGCGCAUGGACCUGAUUGGCUUGGACCCGAACGACUCGAUGGAGGCGUACGCGAGGCGGUCCGCCGCCAAGGCCGGCCUGCUUGAGCAGGGCCACUCGCUGCGCGUGACGCACGGCGUGGGCGAGGUGCUGCCCCUGGCGGAUCGCUCCGCCGACGCCGUGAUCUGCACACUCACGCUCUGCUCGGUCGCCAGCCCCGAGCGGGUCCUCGCCGAGGUGAGGCGCGUGCUCCGGCCGGGCGGCAAGCUCCUCUUCCUCGAGCACGUGCUGUCCGAGACGGACGCCGCCCUCGCCGCGCAGCAGCGCGCAGCCACGCCGAUGCAGGUCGAGUUCGCCGACGGGUGCCACCUGGACAGGAGGACCGGGCGCCUCGUCGAGGAGGCCGGCUUCGCCUCGGUCGACGCCAAGUACACCGAGCUGACGGGCUUCUACUUCCUUAACCCCACCGCGUCCGGGAUCGCGACGCGGUAGAACGAUAUAGAAAACGCGCAAGAAGGGGAAGGGUUGUGUCGCCAUCUGUUUAGUUGUGAGAGUUGUGU